AUGAGACGCAGUGGAAAGGCAGGAGUUGACGUUCUUAGGGAUGUUGAUAUCAUUGCUGUUACAAGAGGGCAGGGAUUAGGUCACUGUUUGGGUGUUGGCGUAGACGCUGCUGAGAGUCUGGCUUGUGAAGCCAAUAAUUGGAGUUCAUCAUAUGGAAGCUCACGCUCUAACUCCGCGUCUCUUGAAACCACUUCUCUCCUUUCCCUAUCUGACUCUAUUAAUUCCGGUGACCAUACGCUGAUACUGUUAACCCGCCACGUGAAUGCUCAUACCAUUCUCUCUACGACGGUUGAUGAUUCGAUCGGUGAAGCAUUUGACAAAGUCACCCGUCUCUUAAACAUUCCUUGGCUUUCCGGGCGCUCUGGUGGUCCUGGCGCUGCACUCGAACGUUACGCUUCUCUUGGCAACGUCUCUAAAUACAGCUUCCCAAUCCCAAUGACCAAGGACAAAUCUCAACUUCAAAAUUCAAACAUGAGUUUUAGUGGAUUGAAAGCGGCAGUGAAAUAUUUGAUCGAGGAGGAAAAGUUGGAUGUAAAAAAUGAAGAUGUCUGGCAACUGCGUUUCAAUAUGCCGCUUGGAGGUGUUGCGAGAAAUGGGUUUGUUGGAGGUAAAGAAAACAACAAUGGGGAGGAAGAGUUCUCUUUUGGAGUAGAUAAUGGAGCAAUGAUUGCAUGGGCUGGUAUCAAUGCGGUCUAA